GCCCGGCUCUGCGACACCCCUCUCCCCCUCACGCAUCCGCCUGCAGCCCAGGCCACCGCCGCCGGAGCAUCGCCUGUGUCGCUAUGAUGGCUUCGUCCGUGUCUUCAGGAUUCAUGGGCCCGUCCACCCAAUCCUCGCGAAAAUCCAAAGUCGCCUACUACUACCAUUCGGACAUUGGCAACUAUCACUAUGGCCCUAUGCAUCCGAUGAAGCCUCACCGUAUCCGCAUGGCCCACAAUCUCAUCAUGAACUACAAGCUCUGGAAUCACAUGGAGAUCCUUCGGCCCAAACCAUGCAACAGUGACGCCAUGAAGAAAUUUCACUCGGACGAGUAUAUCGAAUUCCUCGCCAGAGUGACCCCUGAGAGCAUCGAGGACAUGACCAAAUAUCAGCUGAAAUUCAACGUCGGUGAAGACUGUCCCGUCUUUGAUGGACUGUAUGAGUUUUGCACUCUCUCGGCUGGCGGAUCGAUUGCCGCGGCCGAAAAGCUGAGCCGCGGAGAGGCCGAAAUCUGCAUCAACUGGGGUGGUGGGCUGCACCAUGCCAAGAAGGCCGAGGCCUCUGGAUUCUGCUACGUCAACGAUAUUGUCUUGGCCAUCCUGGAGCUGCUAAAAUACCACCAGCGUGUGCUGUAUAUUGACAUUGACGUUCACCACGGUGAUGGUGUCGAGGAAGCCUUCUACACCACCGAUCGAGUCAUGACGGCCUCGUUCCACAAGUAUGGCGAGUUCUUCCCGGGAACGGGCGAUAUCAACGAUAUUGGCCAUGGCCAGGGCAAACACUAUGCUGUCAACUUCCCGCUGCGUGAGGGCAUUGACGAUGAAUCCUACAAGAGCGUCUUUCGACCGGUGAUUCAGAAGAUUAUGGAGUGGUUCCGUCCAGGGGCCGUUGUCCUGCAAUGCGGCGCCGACUCCUUGGCCGGCGACAAGCUUGGUAGCUUCAACCUCUCGAUGCGCGGACACGCUCAAGCGGUCGAGUUCCUCAAGUCGUUUAACGUUCCUCUGUUGCUGCUCGGCGGCGGAGGGUACACAAUUCGAAACGUCUGUCGCGCCUGGUGCUAUGAGACGUCAAUCGCCGUUGGCCAAAGCCUUCCCGAUGCCCUGCCGAACAACGACUAUUUUGAGUACUUUGGUCCAGACUAUCGACUGGACGUGCCCAGCAACAACAUGGAAAACCUGAACACCCCAAAGUAUCUGGAGCAGAUGAAGAUCAAGAUCAUCGAAAACUUGCGGCACGUCAUCCACGCCCCGAGUGUGCAAAUGCACCACGCUCCUAAGGGCCUGUACGAAUCCGACGAUGAGGACGAGGACGAAGACUCGGAAGAUCUCAAGGAUACGCGGAUUACACAACGUAUGUCGGACAAGCAUCGAGUCCCCGAUACAGAACUCUCGGAUUCGGAGGAUGAAGGCGAUAACCGCCGCGACCAACGUAGCUACCGCGAGUCCCGCGAGCGAGAGAUCAAGCGAGCACCACGCCGCGACCGCGAGAAGCAGCGAUUUGAAGAGGAACGGAAGCGGUACCAGGAAAUCGAUCAAGUCCAACAGCAGCAAAAGGAGCUCGAGCGCAAGUACCUGGAACAGCUGUCCGAGUCGGGCAAGGGCAGACGGCGCGACACCCCUGUUGGCGGUAGCGGCACACCAGGCCCCGUCGGCAGCGACGCCAAGGCAGCAGCCAUCCUGAGCGAGACGGCCCUCAAGGUCGAGUCUGGAACCAAGACGCUGGCUGAAGUAGCUUCCGAACUGCAUGCAGGCAACGCUCGCGUGAGCAAAGACGUCAAGCUGGCAGAGGGUGCCCCCCAAGAGCAAGAAGCGGCCUCGUCGAUGAUGGAUAUGGACGAGCAGGGCUCGGAUGUGCCCUAUUCGCCCGCCAACGAGUCGGACCGGGCCUUCUUCCCCGAGGGCAAAGAGGGCAACGAGGGAACGCCCAGCGCCGUGGCACCAGUUACGGGCGAAGGCGAGGGCGACAUGAUGGACAUGGACCAGGCAUGAGCACGAUCCUUGGCCCCGAGGUGCUCUUGCUCGGCGAGUGCGCAACACACAAGCGCUUGGAAGGGCCUGGAGGGAGCCGCCGGGGAGAUAUAGUCAAUAUACGAUUGCCGAUAGCAGAGUCCAUCGCCGACGCAGUUGCCGCGAUCGGCUGGAGGCAGGGCUCCCGUGUGGCAAGCACUGGCAGAUGUGAUCGAAUGC